AUGCCUGGGAGUAAUGGACAUCUUAAUGAUGAUCUUUAAUUAAAUUAAAUUGUUUAUUUAGGUGCUCAUAAUUGUGCAAUGUCUAAAAGUUAUGGAUGGAUAUAUGCAUAAUAAAAUGUCACAAUUACUGAGCAAUUUGAAAAAUAUGGUGCUAGACACUUUAAAGUACCUUUACAUUGGUACUCAAAUAAUAAUGAUCCUGAAGUAUAUAAAUAAAUAAUUUUAAGAUAGUAAUUGCUCAUGAAUCAGAUGGAAAAUCUAAUUGUCAAUUAACAUUAAUGUAGAGAGCCUUAAAGAAACCAGAAUCAGCUCAUUUGAGAUUAAAAGAAAUUGUAGAUCUCUCUUUUCAAAAUCCUAAUGAAAUUAUUAUUUUAAAGAUUGAAAGUAAACUAUUAUGCAAUAGUUAAAAAAAUGGAACAGAAAAUUUUGAUCCCUAAUUAACAAGCAUUAUAUUACAUAGUUUAUUAGUUGAUAUUAAAGCAGAUCAAAGAGCUAUUAGGAUUUAAAAAGACUCUGAAAUUCCAACUUUAGGUUGGUGUAGAAAAAAUAAUCAGACUUUAUUAAUAACAAUAGAACCAAAAGAAUAAAUAGUAGGAGAAUUAUUAAAAUAUACAUAUUAUUCAUAUUUUUUAAGUGCAUAAGUAGAUUGGGAAGCAGAUCCUUUAAAGGAUGUAGAUAAUGGUAAUGUAGCAAGAGGUAAAGUCAAUUAAUAAACUGGUGAAAUAUUAUCUCCUUUUUUAGAAAUUCAUUUUUGUCCAUAAAAUUCAUUAAAGUAUAUUAAUAUUUAAUUAAAAUAGACUCGAUUCUACAUACAGAGAUAAAUACAAUUCUUAUAAUCAUGUAAGAUAGAGAUUCUUAUAAUAUUUUUUUAAUUGCAUAAAAAUGCCUAAUUUUUUAGUAGCUGAUUUUAUUGAUUAAGGAAAAUUAUCAGAUAUUGUAGAUGAUGUGAAUUUAAUAAUAAACUCUAAUGGUAUAUUCUUGCCAGAAUUGUUUUAAGUAUUAUGA